AAUUUUAUUCCCCCGCAGCCAGUCUCGUCUAGUCGUCUUCUACAGGCACACUAAAAUGGCGUCGGCUCCGGCAGAUUACAGCACCUACAGCCAGACCACUGCGCAGCAAGGGUAUGCUGCCUAUGCUGCCCAGCCAUCUCAAAGCUAUGGACAAUCUGCACAGCAGAGCUAUGGUCAACAGAAUUAUGGAUCAUAUGCCCAACCUGCUGCUGCUGAUAGCAGCUACACUCAAGCAACACCAGCUGCUGGAGGCUACACUCAGCCGCAGCAGCAGUAUGGAUCUUCAUAUGCCCAGCCAGCAGCAGCUGGUUAUCCGGCUGCCCAGUCUACCACUAAUACAUACUCACAGUCAACCCAAAGUUAUGGAGCAAGUGGUUAUGACAGUACUCCUGCUGCCGCUGCUCCAGCUGCUUCCCAGUCUUAUGGCUCUCAGCCUGGGUAUACUGCACAGUCUGCCUACCCAGGUUAUGGCCAGCAAGCAGCUCCCACUGCACCCCAGAGUUACAAUGCUAGCAGCCAACCAGCCAGUUACAGCCAAAGUAGCUACUCCCAGCCAGCAACAUAUGGACAACAGCAAUCUGGCUACCAGGCCCAGCAGGCUAGCUAUGGUCAGCAGCAAGGAUACCAGCAGCCAACCCAGCAGCCAACACAGGCUCCUCCAGCUUACCCUCCUCAGGCUUCUGGUUCUUAUGGUCAGCCUCCAGCCAACCAGUACAGUCAGCAAGGCGGACCUCCUAGUUACAACCAGUCCAACCACUACAGUAAUUACAGACAGGAUGGCCAGGGUGGAGGUUCUGGUUACUCCGGCUCUGAGUCUUCAAGGUACCCAGGGUCAGGGGACAACCGGGGUCCUGGAAGGGACGGCUUUGAUCGCGGUGGAAUGAUGCACCGUGGCCGUGGAGGCAUGGGCCGUGGAGGCAUGGGCAGCGCUGGAGACAGAGGUGGCUUCAGUAAGCCUGGUGGACCAAUGAACAGCGAUGAGCGUGAAAUGGGACGGCCUGAAGAGCAGGACGACUCUGAGAACAGCACCAUCUAUAUCACCGGGUUGACUGAGAAGGCUAACCUGGAGGAGAUGGCUGAAUUCUUCAAACAUGUUGGCCCCAUCAGGAUCAACCGCAGACUUGGCCAGCCUGCCAUCAACAUUUACACAGACAAGGACUCGGGGAAGCCCAAAGGAGACGCCACCCUUUCCUACGAGGAGCCAAUCUGUGCUAAAGCAGCUGUGGAGCAUUUUGAUGGAAAGGAGUUCCAAAGCCGAAGGCUCAAGGUGUCAAUGGCGCGUCGCAAGCCCAUGAUGGGGGGCAUGAGGGGCGGCAUGCCCAUGCGAGACGGCAUGAUGGGUCGUGGAGGUAUGAUGGGCCGUGGAGGAGAGCGUGGCGGGUUCGUCCCCCGUGGCGGUCCUCGUGGAAUGGGCAGAGGUGGACCCACAGGAGGCAACAUGCAGCAGAGAGCCGGGGACUGGGAGUGCCCGAACCCGGGUUGUGGCAACCAGAACUUUGCCUGGCGGAUGGAGUGCAACCAGUGCAAAGCCCCCAAACCAGAAGGGUUAGGCGGUGGCCCCCCCUUCCCCCCUGGAGGUGACAGAGGCCGCGGUGGAAUGGGAAUGCGCGGAGGGCGUGGCAUGGACCGUGGUGGGCCAGCUGGUGUUGGGGGCCCUGGUGGUCCAGGGGGCUUCCGUGGAGGUUGGGGAGGUGACCGUGGUGGCUUCAGAGGGCGAGGUGGAAUGGAUAGGGGAGGUUUCCGUGGAGCCGGGCGUGGAGGACCACCCAUGGAUCGCAUGGGUGGCAGAGGCGGUCGAGGAAUGGGCCCCCCAGGUGGAAAGAUGGAUAUGAGGGACCAUCGCCAGGAGCGCAGAGAGCGGCCCUAUUGAACUUGUGGAAUUUGAUUUUUUUUAAAAUCAUUUUUUAAUUUAUGAUUCCAUAUUUCAAUGGUUAUAGAGCUGCUUUUAAACAUCCUGUGCACUCUGUUCACUCAACUCCUGUUUCCAUUUUUUAUUUUAGUUUACCCAUGUUUACGCUGCAUCUCGUAUUGUGCAUGUUUUUUGUUGCUUUUUUAAAAUGUGCUGAUUAGAUUUGACAUUGUGUAGUAAAAUGCCUCUUCCAUUUGUUGACAUAAUUGCUUCACCUUUCCCAUAAUGGGCAAUUGUAUGAUGACGAAUUCUGGAAAUAAAAUUUUACUGAUUUGAACAUUGAA